AUGCCCUAUGUCUGCGAUGUCGAUGCUCUUAAGCUGGGGGAGGGAGACUUGAGCUGGGAUCAACACGGCGGAGCAGAGCUGCUCGACCUAUUGCUGGUCGCGGGUCCCCAGUCGCCACUCGCCAAAGAAGAGAAGAGGAACGGCAGAGCGGCGAAACGACGAAGCACGGUCGGCUCGACCUUUCGCUGGUCUUGGGUUGCCGACUUGCCUCGUUUGUUUCGCCGACCAGGGGUUGCACCACUGCAGGCCGUUGGUCACGGGUCGCUAGAGGAGAGGAGAAGCGGCGAGGAAGGGAUGGGGAAGAAAAAACAAUGA